UAAGGGUGGCGCAGCCGGCACCAAGCGCCAGAUCAGUGUUUGAGGGGCUUAAGAAAAGGGAGGGACAGAUCAAUAAAAUUAAGAGUUAAAGCGAGAAAGGGGGAAAAGCCGGUUCAGAAACCAGGGGUAUCUAGGGCCGUCCACGUAGAAGCCGGCCCCUUGAUUUUCAGGAGCCGUGUGCGGAGUAAUUCAUUCAGAAGAGAAGUAGUGGACGAGAUUGCCCGGGACAAUGUUCGAGGCCGUGUCAGAAUUAAACACCGAGAGCCGAAUCUUUUACUCGGUGUUGCUCUUCUCCUGGGCCGUGUACCUCUGGGAGGCCUACCUGGCCCAGCGGCAGCGCAAGACGUAUAGACACACCACGCUGGUCCCCGAGGAACUGGGGAUGAUCAUGGACUCCGAAACAUUUGAGAAAUCUCGCCUCUACCAGCUGGAUAAAAGUAACUUUGGAUUCUGGUCUGGGCUGUACUCCGAAAUCGAGGGAACGCUUAUCCUGUUGUUGGGAGGAAUUCCCUUUCUCUGGAAAGUGUCGGGAAAUAUCAUGGGGCGUUUUGGGCUGGGACCCGAGUAUGAGAUAAGCCAAUCUUUGACAUUCUUAUUUCUGGCGACCUUGUUCAGUGCAACCACAGGACUCCCCUGGAGCAUCUACAACACCUUCGUCAUCGAGGAAAAACAUGGUUUCAAUCAACAGACUUUGGGGUUCUUUUUUAAAGACGCCUUGAAGAAAUUUGCAGUAACUCAAUGCAUUUUGCUGCCUGUGACCUCGCUGUUGUUGUAUAUUAUUAAAAUUGGUGGAGAUUAUUUUUUCAUCUAUGCCUGGCUCUUCACUUUAAUUGUUUCUCUGGUGUUGGUAACUAUCUAUGCUGAUUAUAUUGCACCACUGUUUGAUAAAUUUACUCCGCUACCCGAGGGAGAAUUGAAGUUGAACAUUGAAGAGAUGGCCAGGGGUAUCAGUUUUCCUCUAACUAAAGUUUAUGUUGUCGAGGGAUCAAAGAGAUCAUCACACAGCAAUGCGUAUUUCUAUGGGUUUUUUAAGAACAAGCGUAUUGUUCUGUUUGAUACGCUACUCGAAGAUCAUUCCCCGUUAAAUAAAGUGGCUGCCAACGACAACAUUGAUACGCAGACGGCUGCUGGAGACAGCAAUGAAAACGAAACUGCUGAGUCCAAGCCCAGACCAAAAAAUAAGAGACAAGGCUGCAGUAACCAAGAAGUUCUGGCUGUGCUCGGUCACGAGCUCGGACACUGGAAGCUUGGCCAUACAGUGAAGAACAUUGUCAUUAGUCAGGUGAACUCUUUCUUCUGUUUUUUCCUGUUUGCUGUUCUCAUGCACAAAAAGGAGCUUUUCUCCGCCUUUGGAUUCUAUGACACUCAGCCAACUCUCAUUGGGUUGAUGAUCAUAUUCCAGUUCAUUUUCUCCCCCUACAAUGAGGUCCUCUCCUUCAGCCUGACUGUACUGAGCAGAAGAUUUGAAUUCCAGGCGGAUGCAUUUGCGAAAGAACUGGGAAAAGCCACCGACCUAUACUCGGCUCUAAUAAAACUGAACAAGGAUAAUCUGGGUUUCCCGGUGGCGGACUGGCUGUACUCCAUGUGGCAUUAUUCCCACCCUCCUCUCCUCGAGAGACUACGAGCCUUAAAGGACAAAAGGGACUGAUGGUAGACGUGAGAAAGAAGUAGAACUUUCUGAAGAAAAAAGUUUUUUAUUUUAAAUUGUUCAUUCCAUGGACAGUGCAGCUUUGCACUGGUUGCUUGUACGUUGAGAACUGGCUCACGGUCUGAGUGCAUUUAGAUUGUGUAUUGGUUCACAUGCUAGGGGUGUAAAAACAAUCUGACAUAGUUAAGUUGUUUAAAAUACAUUGGGACUUGAUUUUAUUUUUAAUUUGAAGCAAUUCAGUGUCUAAUGGUACAAGCAAGAUGAUACAAACCAUGCUAGCACAAGUAUCCAGUAAUGUAUGUUACGAUUAACGGUGCAUCAUAUCAGAACUCUUAUCCAAAGUGCUCUUGGAAAUUGCUUUGUCUAUUGAACCUUUAAAGUUUCAUUUCCAUAAUUUUGUGUUUUCUCUGCUCAUUUUCCGGCAAGUCUCUUUUAGACCAGCAAAUUAUGAAUUAUUUAUAUCGUUUUAACAAUAAAUGUUUUAAGAGACAUCGCUGCAUUCAGAUUGAUCCCACUGGACACUAUUGUCCGAAAUGCAGUUUCGAGAGGUAGAGUCUUGAAGCUGUAAAUGUGUCUAGUCACUAUAAGCAGGACAGUUCAACUCCAAAGAAGAACUAUAUUUAGGUUUAGCCUUGGGGACAUUUGUCAACCUUUAACAGUUAUGCCUAGAAACUGCAGGAAGGAGAGAAGGGUCGAGUUCAGGUUUAAUGGGUUGACUGUCUUUUCGCAGGAUCUGUUGGUAAUUCUGUCUUAACUUUGGACAAGGGUGGUUGUCAGUUGGUUAGCAUUACUCUAUUUGGCCUUGCUUCCAAAGAAAUCAACAAUCUGUCCACAUGUGGCCGAUAAAUUGAGGACAGGCAAAUGAUCUGCUGCUCUGUUAGAGUUAGCAAUAGAAGUGCAGUGGAUCUUUCCCAUGCUCAACAUUCAAGUCAAUACAUUGAGGGAAAUGGAUCUACUCGCUGAGAAAAUGAGCUUAUUAACCACAUUGGUGUGAAUCGGAUUUACACAGGUUGGCUUCUGUUCAACGUUAGUUUACAGGUCUAAGGUCAAACGUGGAGGAUGUGAUUUUCAGUUAUGCGGCUUCUUGUUAGCACACACAGCGUUCCAGUGUUACUACUCUGCAAUAUCAUAUCUAGGUAACAGUGAAUCUUCUGCUUGAAUUUUCUGAUAAGGUUGAGAUUAGCUCAACCUGUGAUUUUAACACUUUUCCCACAGUUAGUAAGCAUCCUUAAACACCCCUCAUUUUCUGUUGCUUUAACAUGUGACUUCACUUUUGGUUUCUUGACUGAGGUUGAAAUUUUGUUUGGUUGUUAAUGGAGUAAGUUGAAUUCUAAGAAGAACAUGUCUCUUAAUUGGUAUGUGGAAAUGUUUUUUUUUGUACCUGUCAGAUUCUUUUAAUCUUGUGCAUUGCUGAGAUUAUUUCAGUUCAUUAUGGUUGUGUUGAUAUGCAGAUGUUUUAAAGUGAAGAUGCCGCUAAUUGCAUUCUGUUACUGAAUGAGCAGUUCAAUGUAUUGAAAAUGUUCACGACACAACUAUACGCUGUAGGAGGGAAGAGGUUUGUGCACUCUCACCAUGGGAGUGAGACAUUGCUGCUGGUUUGUGUGGGCGUCGUGUUGAAUUGUGAAGUUUCAUGGUUUGCCGUCACAGCUUUGGAAAGUGACGUAGAUGCGAUUGAAAUUGCCUACUGCCCUUCCAACCAUUUGAAUCUGUUACCAGUUAAAGGGAGUAAGCUUGUGGGUUUUCCUGCAUUCUCUUCCUCUCAGCUACUCCAAGUUGUCUUUCCCAAGUCCUGGCUGACUGCUACCAUUUGAUGUUCCAUGUUGACUGUGUGCUGGAAGUUGUACCUGUUUUCUUCUGGAGGCUCACUGGGUGCUGCUGCCUAUCCCAUUUCAGUGCUUUUGCUUUCAAAGUUUCCCCUGACGACGUGAGGUGCAGUGGCCAGUUUUAGCGCAUCCAGCAUCUGCGAACUGUGGGCAGACAAUUGACCUUUGGUGUCAAGAAAACACACUAGGUGGUGGUUAUCCACGCUAGAGGGAGAUGCGAGGGCAUCUUUUUCACUCCCUGGUUCGAGGUCUCAGUGUGAUGUGAAAGGGAGCUAGGCUUUCUUUAUCAACAUGAGAUUUAGAUGUGAAGUUUAAACUCUAGAAAUCUUAAGCAGCAUACAGACAAAAUGCCGGAGGAACUCAGCAAGUCAGGCAUCAUCUAUGGAGGGGAAUAAAUAGUCGACAUUUUGGGCUAUGAUCCUUCAUCAGGACUUCCGUAGAUGCUGUCUGCCUUAUUGAAUUCCCCAGCUCUGUGUGUGUGUGUGUGUGUCCAUCCGUCCUUUGACAGGUAAUGUUCAAAUUAAACGUCCAAUGUUUAUUCCCCUCCAUAGAUGCUGCCUGGCUUGCUGAGUUUCUCCAACAUUUUGUGCGUGUUGCUCAAGAUUUCCAGCAUCUGUAGAGUCUCUCGUGUCUAGGUUUAUUCAAAGAGCUGGAUUAGCUUGCCAACUAUGCAAAGUAAGUUUGAUUUGUCAGUCAGAACCAGACAGUGAUGCAUAAUUAAUGGCAGCAAGUGUACUGAAAAUCUGUCAAUUGUGCACGUGGAGUUAGCAUUGUCCUUUUUAAUGUUGAUGAGUCAUCCUAUUUAAAAUGUUACACCACUCCCCUUCCAGUUACUGAUUGGGUGGGCCUAUUUCUGCUGUCUUCUUCAAAUUGUGCUAUGUGAUUAAACAGAUGUUGGAGUUGGAAAAUUGAAAUGGAAUUAACAGUAAAAAUCUGGAAUUUAAAAAAAAUAGCACGUCAGGAGGCGUCUGUGGAAGGCAAAACAGUAAAGCUUCAGUUCAUUAAAUCUCAUCUGUUCACUCUUAGUUAACCUGCCAAGUCCUGGCAGAAUCUCCACUUUCAGAUUCCCAGGACCCGCGGAAGGUGGCUUUUCAUUAACAUGAGGAAGGUGAGCACCAAGGGAGAAGAAAGUGCUGUUUCUUUCUCUACAAGAGAAAACCGGAAGGAUUAAGGAGCGAUUUCAUAAAUCAGGGAUUUGUGCAGGAAGCUGGUGGUAGUAUCUCACAAUCUGUUCAGUUGAUUGAAAUGUUGUAAUUUUGCCUCUUGGGGGAUGAAGGGAGGGAGUCCUUAAUUGUGUUGUGAUCUAAAUUCAAGGAAGAUUAAAUCAUUAAAUAAUUAGCAUGUAUGGGAAUUGUGAAACAACCUGAUUCUAUGAAGAUGUGAAAUUGCAUUUCUUUGUGACAGUAAUUUUCAAUAAAUGGAAGA